GAUCUGCUUACCAAACUAAUCUGACCACCAUCUUCACCGCUGGGUCCCCGCCAUUUUUCUUUUAUAUAUAAAUCAAUCACCGGGCGAAUACACUCCAUAUUGUAAACCUGUUCAGCAAAAGGACUUGCUUAUCAUCAUGUCUAUCGUUAAGGUACUGUCAAUGUGCAGCCUAGUGGCAGUCACAUACGCUGGAGUGGUUCCAGUGGCUCCGUUUGCAGCUCCAGUCGCUUUGGCUCCGUUGAAGGCCGAGUACGAGGAUGUGCACCCGCAAUACCAGUUCGCCUACCAGGUGCAGGACGCUCUGACGGGCGACUCCAAGUUGCAGCAGGAGAGCCGCGACGGCGACAUUGUCCGCGGAAGCUACAGCCUCGUCGAUCCUGACGGCUACCAGCGGACGGUCAACUAUUACGCCGACCCUGUCAACGGAUUCAAUGCUGUCGUUCACAGACAACUGCCACUUACUGCGCCCUAAUUGAUUCUCAUCAAUUUCAAGGAUGAACAUCCAGCGGAUUUAUAAAAAUGGUUAUGAGUAGAUAUCAUCAAUAAUAUUGUUAAAAUUAUAAUAAUGGUUUUGAGUAGAUAUCAUCAAUAAUUGUUAUAAUUAUAAUAAUGGUUUUGAGUGGAUAUCAUCAAUAAUAUUAUUAUUAUUGAAUUAUUCCAGAAUGUGUGGCAAGUUUGUUUGCACUCUUGUUUUGUAUCCAUCUGGUUUUCAACAAUCAGAAGUUGCUAUGAGUUACAAAUGGCGUAUUAGCCUCCAUUGUACUUGGAGUGUAAUGAAAACGAUAAAUCAAAAGAGCUUUGAAACAGUACUCUGAGUAAAUUGGUCAAUAUUGACGUUUUUCUUUCAAUUCAAUCUGAAUAGUUUGUGUCUACAGUUCAACUGUUUUUUUUUCAAGUAUCUCACUAUUUAAUCAGCAUUAUACAUAUAAAUAACAUCAGGAAGUUUCAGUGUAAGAUAUUGUAAAUUUGUUGUAAAAAGUAUACCUGAAUAAUAUCAUUUUCUAAAUGUGUAAUGAUAAUGAUCUACUCCUAUCGUCGCUUAUUAAAAAAAUUGAAUUUUCUUUUGAGUUUUUUUUAACUUCAUGUGAAUUCUAUGUGGCCUUCAACAUUCACUGUUCGACUGUUUUCAAGUUAUUGUGACUGAUUGUACUACAAUUUCAUCAGCAUCAUUUCCAACUUCAUGUGACUGAUAAAUGUAACAUUAUUUGUAAAUAAAUGAUGUUAUUGUUGAAAAAUUG